UGAAUCCGCAGUAGCCACCCGAAACAUGAGGCUCGAAUAAGGCAAAUGUCUCUGAGGCCUUUUAACCACCUAGAAAUACGCCAUGGACCCGGACUCGACUCCUCGAGGAUCAUCACUUUGCCAUGGAUAUUCAUGGUAUCCCAUGUCUGGAUUCUCAACGCCAGAAAAACAUCAGAAAAUCUCAUGCUUUCGCAAAUUUGUCGCAGGCAAUAACUCCGACCCCUAUGCUCUGAAGUCUCUGGGUCUUGAAGGAAACCUUCACCCUUCUCCGAUCUUCGUAGAUGUGGGCGCCAACUUGGGCCUAGUCAGCAUCUCUUUAGCCAAGCAGUGGCCCUUUGCACGGAUCCUGGCGCUGGAACCGGCACCUGCUACUUUUCGAUAUUUGCUAUGGAACCUGAAAGAGAAUCAAGUGACAUCCCAGGUGUGGCCCAUCAACCUGGCCAUCUCUAGCGAUUCCUCGCUUCGCCUGUCCACCACGGCCGCGGGCGGCGUGUGGACCGCCCGCGUCCGGCCCGACGCUACGGUGGCACCGGCGGGCAGCGACUACGUCUUCGAUGCACCGGCGGCGUCCUUGGCGGAGAUUUUGGCAUCGCUGGGUUUGGGGGCCAUAGAUCUGUUAAAGAUCGACUGUGAAGGCUGCGAAUGGGAGAUUUUGGAUCGAUGGGAUUUGUUGAAUCACCUCUUUGGUCAUGUUUCGCUGGAGCUUCACAAUCGAAGUUUUGUGAAGCUGGUGGGCGUGGAAGAGAAACGACGUGCCGAGCUGGAGGCGAAGGUCUUCAACAGUCAGCUCUGCAGGAUCAAAGAGGAAGAUCCCGCGGGUUUGAAGUGUCGAUCCUAUGGUCCCGGCCGAGUGGUUGAGCCCUGUGAUGGGCGACAGCGAUGUCUCCGAUGUCUACGGGGCCAUUGGUGUUUGGCCUGCCGCAUUCGUCGCUGCAGAGGAGGUGAUGAAGUAUGCCGGCGAAAAAAAAGGGGGCGACUGGAGUUGCUUGGAAUUGGGCUGCGGUGCUGGCUUUCCGUCCCUUGUGGCGGCCAAGCGCGGUGCUGCCUCGGUGUACGCCUUGGAUACGGAGCAGUUGACCCUGGAGCCUCGGAGGACCUUUUGCAAGCUGCCUUUGAUCAACAAGGUCAGGGGCGUUUGAUCCCGUUACUUGGCGAUGCCCAGGAUCUUCCCCAGGAACCCCUCUCCUCCGUCCCCUUGGUGGUUGUGAGCGAUUUGCUCUACAGUGUUCCAUUGGGCCGAGCCCUAGGCGAAAGUUUGGCCAAGUGGCUCAAGGGACAGGAGCGCAAGCUGAUCUUGACGGACGGCGGGCGGUCGGGACGUUGGGCAUUUCUGGAGGCGUUCAGUGAAGCGCAUGGCUCUCAAGCCUACUUCGAAGAUGUGCCCGUCCCUCCCUGGGCACCUCAGAAGGGUGACUUCUUCGACGGCAGCGAGACGGCCACUGUGGGUCUUCUGCGGUACUGAGCUUGGCUUCACUGAGCAAGAGCCUGCGCAAC